AUGGCAUUAUCAAAGCUUCAAUCUGUAGUUAUACUUGUUAUAUGUUCUCUCCUAGUGACUUCACAGUCAAGAGGUUUAGGAGGGAAUGCUAUGUGUUGUUCAGAUUGUGUUUACAAAGGUCCGUGUAAGAGCUAUCAAGACUGCAAGAAUAAGUGUGGACCGCCUUACUACCCACCAACGACCAUUGCUUCAUGCCGAGUCAGUCCAAAACUCGGCAACAUUUGUUGUUGUGAAAAAAAUUAA